AUGGAGAUCGCGAAGGCAAGAGGAGCAUCUAAGUGCGUGGAAAAAAUGGAGAAAGAAGUGGCGCCCCAGAAGCGACAAUAUUGUCGCACUACAGUGCUGAACAUAAUCUCGUCAUUAUGCUCAGUGGCGUCCAUCGCCUUUUGCAUUCUCCUGAGCAUCAACACAACUGAUAUUAAGAACCGGGUUGUGGAUUUGGAGAGUGGGAACGGCGAGCACACCUUCAUCCGUACCCCUGGCUACUCCGUGGAUGAUUUUAAUUCAUUGAUUCAACAAAGAGUGAAUGAGCUGCUGUCUCAGCGCUCCUAUGAAAAUUUGGUCAAGAUUCGGACUGCCCGACAAGCAUCACCUGAAUGCAGCUGUCCUCCAGGACCUCCGGGAAAGCGAGGAAGAAGAGGCCGCAAUGGAGAACCUGGACCUCCUGGUCCUCCAGGUCCACAGGGUGAAAAGGGGGAUCAAGGCGACCAGGGACCACGGAUGGUCUUCCCUAAGAUCAAUCAUGGCUUUCUUUCCGCUGACCAGCAGCUCAUAAAGCGGCGUCUCAUUAAGGGAGAUCAGGGACAAGCAGGACCACCUGGGCCUCCAGGGCCACCUGGCCCUCCUGGCCCGAGGGGGCCUCCAGGAGACACAGGAAAAGAUGGACCCAGGGGUGUACCUGGUCUACCGGGUGAUCCAGGGCAGCCUGGAGACACAGGACCCAUGGGACCUGAGGGGCCACAGGGGCUGAAAGGUUCACUUGGGCCUCCUGGUGUUCCAGGUGUCGACGGACUGAAGGGGGAUGUUGGCAUCCCAGGACUGGACGGUGUCCCUGGAGCCAAGGGUGAAAUGGGAGAGCCAGGUGAAAAGGGCGAUAUGGGUGAAGAAGGCCUAAAAGGUGAAAUUGGAGAGAAGGGAGAUGCAGGCUCUUCCGCAGCAGGCAUCAAGGGUGAACCUGGAGAACCUGGACGAAGUGGACACAAGGGAGAGCCAGGACUUCCAGGGCUGCCUGGACUCCCAGGGAUAAAGGGUGAGCCUGGAUUCCUUGGUCCCCAGGGAGAGCCAGGCCUUCCUGGGCUGCCAGGAACAAAGGGUGAGAGAGGAGACCAUGGGCCCCAAGGAAAGGGUGAACGAGGAGAAAUUGGACCCGUUGGACCAAAGGGUUCACAGGGAGAGUCUGGCACACCUGGUCCUAAAGGGUCAAAGGGGGAGACUGGAGAUAAAGGAGACUUGGGAUCCGUCGGCCCAAAGGGUCCUCCUGGGCAGAAAGGAGACCAAGGAGCCACUGAAAUCAUCGACUACAACGGCAACAUUCAGGAGGCUUUACAGAAGAUUACCACUAUUACAGUAACGGGUCCUCCUGGCCCUCCUGGACCAAUUGGACCAAAUGGUAUUAAGGGGGAUCGUGGUAUGCCCGGCCUGCCUGGACUUGAUGGAGAAAGAGGCUACAAAGGUUCCAAGGGAGAUAUGGGAAUGCCUGGAGCUUCAGGGGAGAAAGGAGCCACCGGUUUACCUGGUUUACCUGGUGUCAAUGGAGGAAAGGGUGAUAAGGGAGAUUCAGGUCUACCUGGUCCUCAGGGUCCUUCAAUCGUCGGCACUCCAGGGGCACCAGGGCCCCAUGGUCCACCAGGACCUAUGGGACCCCAUGGAUUCCCUGGACCAAAGGGAGAACCUGGUUUGCAUGGUGUAAAGGGUAUCCGUGGAGAACCAGGCCACAAAGGGGACCGUGGACCAUUAGGUCUCCCUGGCACGGACGGGCCUUCGGGUCCAGCUGGUCCAGCUGGGCCGAAAGGUGACAGAGGUGAGAGAGGGGCACAAGGAGAGCCAGGACCAAGGGGACCUUAUGGACUACCUGGAGCUGCUGGAACACCAGGCUUGGAUGGUUUACCAGGCUUAAGGGGAGAGAAAGGCGACGUUGGGGAAAGAGGAGAAAAGGGUUUCCGGGGAUUUAAGGGUGAAAAGGGGGAACCAGGGCAGCCAGGUCUGGAUGGGCUGGAUGCCCCAUGCCAAUUGGGCCCAGAUGGAUUACCAAUGCCUGGGUGCUGGCAGAAGGGAGUCACGCCAUGGCUGGUAGCCUGA